ACCAGACGUUGGGGCUUGGGAAAUCCAAGCUGAGGACCGAAAUUCCUCAAGGAGUCACUCAGGAGCAAGCGGUGACCAGUCGGAGAGAGUGACGCGUCCGUGCUCAGGCCCGCCCUCCUCACCGUCCUCACCUUCUGCUCAGGUGCUCCCAGGCGGUUCACCAGAAGCGAGCCCUGUGGCUCUGCCAAGGACAAACAAGCCUGUUGGGUUCACAGGGGAGAAAAAAGAAAACAACAACCCACCACCACACAAAACCACCUCAGGCAAAGUCAACAGCAUUGAAAUCGUUACCUUGAAGAAACCAAGUGGAGAAGCGAGCAAAGAUGAAUGGCCCGGUAGAUGGCUUGUGUGACCACUCUCUAAGUGAAGAAGGAGCCUUCAUGUUCACGUCGGAGUCUGUAGGAGAGGGACACCCGGACAAGAUCUGUGACCAGAUCAGUGAUGCCGUGCUGGAUGCCCAUCUGAGGCAGGACCCCAAUGCCAAGGUGGCUUGCGAGACGGUGUGUAAGACGGGCAUGGUGCUGCUCUGUGGAGAGAUCACCUCCACGGCCACAGUGGACUACCAGCGGGUGGUGAGAAGCACCAUCAGGCACAUCGGCUACGACGACUCCGCCAAGGGCUUUGACUUCAAGACCUGCAACGUGCUGGUGGCCCUGGAGCAACAGUCCCCCGACAUUGCCCGCUGUGUGCACCUAGACAGAAACGAAGAGGACGUCGGGGCCGGAGAUCAGGGUCUCAUGUUCGGCUAAGCCACUGACGAGACGGAAGAGUGCAUGCCCCUCACUAUCAUCCUGGCUCACAAGCUCAAUGCCCGAAUGGCGGAUCUCAGGCGCUCUGGGGUCCUCCCCUGGCUGAGGCCUGACUCCAAGACCCAGGUGACAGUGCAGUACAUACAAGACAAUGGUGCAGUCAUCCCCGUGCGCGUCCACACCAUCGUCAUCUCAGUGCAGCACAAUGAGGACAUAACGCUGGAGGACAUGCGCAUGGCCCUGAAGGAGCAGGUGAUCGCGGCCGUGGUGCCAGCCAAGUACCUGGACGAAGACACAAUUUACCAUCUGCAGCCCAGCGGGCGGUUCGUCAUCGGAGGUCCCCAGGGAGAUGCAGGCGUCACCGGCCGGAAGAUUAUCGUGGACACGUAUGGCGGCUGGGGGGCACACGGCGGCGGCGCCUUCUCCGGGAAGGACUACACCAAGGUGGACCGCUCGGCGGCCUACGCUGCCCGCUGGGUGGCCAAGUCCCUGGUGAAAGCGGGGCUGUGCCGCAGAGUGCUCGUGCAGGUUUCCUACGCCAUUGGUGUGGCUGAGCCCCUGUCCAUUUCCAUCUUCACCUAUGGAACCUCCCAGAAGACAGAAAGAGAGAUGCUAGAGGUGGUCAACAAGAACUUUGACCUCCGGCCCGGGGUCAUCGUCAGGGACCUGGAUUUGAAGAAGCCCAUCUACCAGAAGACAGCAUGCUAUGGCCAUUUCGGAAGAAACGAGUUCCCGUGGGAAGUUCCCAAGAAGCUUGUGUUUUAGAGCUGGUGGGUGCAGGGCCUGCAUGGCCCCGGGAGCGUCUGGAUGGCCUGGUUCUUCUUGCCCAAGACCCCAACUCUCAGAUGUCCCAGCCCCAGGGCCCUGACUGCCCCCUCAGGGAGUGCCUUCCCCACCCA